AUGCCGGACUUCUCCCAGCAUGCUUGGAAGCUCGAGCCCGUUUUCACCCCAGCAGUGGGGCAAAUGUACAUGCUGAAAGCACGGACGCUACCACCUUCGGCCAUAGAUGCGUUGGGCAAUGUAUGUGCCGGUACCGUGGACGUUAUCACACUUCAUGGAUGCAGCAUUGCAUGUGCUGGUGGCGCCAAGACCUUUCCCAUAAAGCUCCCCGAGGCGCUCUGCGACCGGGGCCUCUUCCGGGCCGCCUCGGCGCUGCAGAUCCUGGGCGGCCUCGGGGAGGUCUUCGCCGAGGGCCUUACUGGCGUCAUUGGUGCUGCUGAGGCACCGAGAGAGGGCGACGCCACGGCGGGCGAUGGCGCUUUUGGCGGCACGGAGUGUGUCAGCCGUGUGGAGGUGUUUAUUAGCCACACCUGGAGCUCCGGACGUUGGCCCAAGUACCUGAGCAUGUGCUACUUUCUCAAUCUGGGUAUUGCCGUGAAGAUGGCAUUAGCCACCUGGGUGUUGAACAUUGUGGCACUGACCAUGAUGGAGGAAAGAGCGCACCUAUGCGACCGGCACUACCUCUUCCCUGUGCUCAUCGAGUUUCCAAUCCUUGUCUUCUUCGUGUUCUUCUUCUUUGGCCAGCAGAUAUCGGGAAGCUGCUGGGCCCCUUCCCUUUGGCUGGACAAGCUGUGCAUCCAUCAGACGAACCAGAGCCUAAAGGCGCAACAGGUCGCAGCGCUGCCGGUCUUCGUGGCCCGAUCCGCGAGGAUGCUGGUCUUGUGGGACGACACCUACUUUGAGAGGCUUUGGUGCAACAUGGAAAUGGCCACCUUCGCAAAAUAUGCGGCAAGCCCUGAGAAGAUGGAGUUCCUCCCACUCUGGCUUGCACCUUGGGUGCUGUCUUCCGUAUUGCUGGAUUUGCUGGGCGUUACCCUUGUCUGCGUAUGGCAAGCCUCGUCUGGGAACGAAGGAGACGUGAACAUCGUCGCAAAGUUGGGAGCGGCGCAGGUCGGGGGCUCUUCGGACAUUCGGCUCUUCCUCCACAUGUUCUUCGAGGUCUUUCCCAGUUUCUUGUGCUACCUCCCGGUGGCUUUGCCCACGAUGCUCUCUUUCAAGCGAAAGAUCCAGGGGCACCGGCUCAUGCUCGAGCAGAUGGCCAGCUUUGAUCUGAAGAAUGCCAAGUGCUCCGUGGAAGCCGACCGGCCGUUGGUGGAAGAGCAGGUCGCUUUACACUUCCAGGCCGAGCGGGAUCACGAAGUGAUCGUCGCAGGGGCCAUGGAGCCUGCUUCGGACCACGUUGAGGCCGAGGAUUCGCGUAAUUACGUGAACAACGGGCGCAAUUUCAUGAACGACGGGCGUAUUUACCCGUGCACCCUCGCAGCACAAUUUCCAGGAGGAUUGCCCUAG